UCAUAAGCUCACAGCACCAACCAGCUGAUCUUCUAACAGCUGAGCUCUGCUUUCAGCGUCGGUUUGGUUCGGACGUCGCCCCUUACAUUUAAAGAAUAAUUUGUCCUACAGGUGCUGCAAGUCACCAAAGAACACAAAGGAGUGGAAACCAGGUGAAAUAAACGCUGACAUGGCGCCAACACUGUAUGAUGUAAAACCAGAGGUCGGGGAUUUGAUUGAGAUCUACAGGGGAACCUAUCAGCACUGGGCUGUGUAUGUGGGCGAUGGCUUCAUUGUCCACUUGGCACCGCCUUCUGAGGUUGCGGGGGCCGGUGCCAGCAGUAUCAUGUCUGUUCUCUAUGAGAAGGCCUUUGUGAAGAAAGAGGAUCUGUGGGAUGUGGUGGGAACCAACGAGUGGAAAAUCAACAACAGCCUGGAUGAGGAGUGCGAGCCCCGCCCGGCAGAGGUCAUUGUGAGGGACGCCUGUGCGAUGGUCGGUAAAGAGCUGCCAUACUGCGUCUUCAGAGGGAACUGUGAGCACUUUGCCACCGAGCUGCGCUACGGAAAAGCAGAGUCCCGGCAGGUGCGUAAGGCAGGACAAACCGUCAUGGUGGCCGGUGCGGCUGCGUUUCUGGGUCUUGGUCUCGUGGCUCUGGCAGGAGCUUUUUUCGGAGGCGGCAAGAAGGAAAACAAGAACGAAAAGUGAUACAAGUCCCAGGGCGCCUCUUCAGGGAAACAUGAGAAGAUCACCAGCAAAGCCUGCUUCCUAUCAUGAUCACUCACAGGAGACACUGACUAAUUGACAUAUUGUUAAUAACCCAAAAACCUGGUUGAUUUCUAUCCUGCAUAGUCAUCUUUACCUCCAUGUGUCCUGCAUGCCUUCCCUGGUUUGACUGACAAUGCAAAGCUUUUUGGGUGUGAUCAAAGCCAUGUAUUUUUCAUGGCAUUCUAACAUUUAUAGCAUACAUGAGCACAACAAACUAAUUUGAGUAAUGAAGCAGCCAAUACAGAAUAUGUUAACAUGUUUUAAAAUAAAAUGAAGAUUUUGAAGUUGAAUGUAUAUGUUUCGGAUUGUGAAGGAUGUGAGAGGUUAGGGAGGUAUUUUUCUAUUUAUUAAAAACAAAACAUUGAUAUUUGUUAGUUGCUAAUGAAGAUAUAAUAUACUUGAGUCAAACUUAGAAAAAUACUAUUUUACAUAAUCAAUUAACACUAACUAAAUUGUAAUUACAUUUUAUGCAAGAGCACAGUCACUACGACCUUCUGUUCAGUGUAAAAACACUGAUGAACUUUGGGUCCUAUCGAGAGUAGACGUGUCGACUCAAUUAAUUCUACACAUUUGCAGUUUUGUUAUGAAAUGAGUUCACAAGUUAACUGGAAAUUCACAACACGUUGUCUUCCUCUUUUGAAUAAAGAAUAAUUUGUGUGA